CGAGGUUCUAGAAGUCUCCCAGCCUCGCGGCGGAGACACGUUCGGGAGUCAGGACGAGCCCGGCGCUACGGAAGGUGGUGCUGCCCGGUCGCCAGGUUGCCAGAGCAGACUUGCGCUAGGGAGUCGAGUCUGGGUGAACGGAUGGUGGAGCGUACGUAACGAUCGACCCAGGAAAGCGGAUUUAGUGCGAGAGUUAUCAUUGGCUCGGCUCCGGGGAUGGAAAGAGCUGGCUGAAGCAGAGACGUGCGUGAGAGGCCAAUUUACUGACAGGAAAAGAAGAAAGACUCAGACUCCUAGACAUUUGUGAGUUUCGUAAAGUGACAGCAUGUGUGCACAAAGGUUAUGGCCAACUGUCCAGGCCCUUGGGCGUGGGCUUAUUAAUAAUAGAACUGAAAUCCUUCAGCAAGGUGUGAAGGCAUAUAAUGUCCAGAACUUGAACAGCAGUCAUCAUGGGCCAAGUCAUCAGCAAAAUGCAGUGCCAGGACAGGAUCGUAUGCAAUGGACUCAACGAGUGACACGUACAGCUAGAGGAUCUUUCAAUAAAAUUGUUGCCCGUUCACUUCACUCUGGGACUGUGUUGUUUGUCAAAGAAUUUCGUGAUACGGAGAAUGAACAUGCUCAUGCAGUACUGAGGUCUUUACCAGCCUAUAGUGCAACUACAGUUGCUUGUGGUGAUAGUUUUAGUCAUAUAUUUCAUCAGUAUCAUGCACUUCCUCUUUCUAAUUUGGAUUGGGAGAGAUGUAGUGCAGAGGAAGUGGCAAAUGGAUUCAUUGCUAUGUCCCAGCAGUGUCUGCAUCGUCCAAUGGAUCUAGAAGAUUCUCAACACUCUGGACUUUGUACUGUACUUACAGAUAGACUAGCCCACUUAAGUGAUAAUCAGUUGUUAAUGGUGCUAUCAGCAUUAACACUCUGGCCACCCACUAGCUCUACAACUACACCAAAUUUUGUAGCAAUAUGGAAUGCUUUGGAUAAAGUGUGCACAGACCGCAUGCGCCGAUGGGACAUGACUCGAAUGUUCUUAGUUGCUGACCACUGGUUUGCUUUGAGACUUUCAAGAAUAUCCAUGUAUAAUGUUCAGAUGACUAGGAUAUUAGGGAAAAGAGUAACUAGCAUGGAACCUUCUCAGUUAGUGCAAUAUUUGUUUUAUGCCAAUCUGAGCAGAAAGCUAGAGCCCUUCAUUGUAAUGCGUGAAUUAGAAAAGAGAUUAAUGGAAGUAUUAAAAGAUUUAUCAAUUGAGGAACUUGGUGUGAUUUCUAUGGGAUUUUUUAAAACGCAGACAUUUUUGAAAAAUGAAAAGCUUAUUGAUGCCAUUAUAGAAAAGACACAGAAUAAUCUGGAAUGUGUGUCAGAUGCAUCACUUUGUGCUAUUUUGAAGGUGCUGAGGAAAAGCAUCCCAGUUACAAGGUGGAAAUCUCUACAUAAUCUGCUUGAAUCACUUGGACCACAACUUCCUCGCCUCAACCACAUGUGUCUUCUCCAAGUAGCGCUCCUUGGGAAUGAUCUUCUAGUGUUCCAUCCUCAAGUUAUAAAUACAAUAGCAGCAAGAUUUGCAGAGGAUAUGAAUGAAUUGAGACUGAAAGACCUUGAGAGACUGACCUUUGCACUCAUGCUGUACAAUUUUAUUCCACCCAGUCGUCCAGACAUCUUUCCUCUCAUUGCCGAUGAAUUAAGACGGCCGGAACGAAUCUCGGAGAUAAAUCAUUAUCCCAAGUGUUUUGUGUCAUGUGUUGUGUAUUUAGUGACCAUGGGUGUCUAUCCACCAGACCUGAUCUCUGCUGCCCUUCAGCCAUCUAUGUUGAGUCUACUUGGCAUGAACCAGCAUUACUCAGACAUGGGGAGAGAGGUGAAUGAACUGGACUGGUCGUUAGAAAUUGAAGGUCCUGCAAAGUACCCAGGUUUCAGGUUAAAUCCUGAUUUGAGAUGCCAGCUUACAAAGAAAUACUUGGGAAGAAUACCUCUUCCAACAAGCAAGAUAUUGACGCACCAAGAAAGAUUAAUAUUAGAGGUACAAGACAAAUUAGGAGCUUUACUUGGGGGAGAGCACUAUGUGACUGCUUCUCUUGUCCUUCCUCAUGUGCAAACUCCUGAUUUAGUGUUCUGCACAACAAAUGAUGGAGAGCCUGUGCCCAUACCUCAAGAGUACACUGACCUUCCUAACACUUCACUGAAACGUCCACUUAGUUCAUUUGAUCAUCUUCACUGGAAUGCUGUUGUCAUUGGUGGGCGCAAUUCUUUCAUCCGGAAUACCAACUCACUUCGAGGCAAUGUCCACAUGAAGAACCGUCAGUUAAGCAAACUAGGGUAUAAUGUAUGUGUGGUUCCAUACAUGGAGUACACAAAGAAGAGUUUGCGAACAAAACUUGGAUGUCUGGAGCGAUCAUUACAGGAAGGGUCUAAUCUGCGGAUUGAGGGCCGUAUUGAAUCAGCACUGGUUUGGAUCAAAGGGCAAUCAGCACAGCAGGAGGAAAUGUAUGGGUGAUCCAUGCUUGCACAAAUUUGUUACCUGUAGGAUAAUGAUAUUUACCAACACUUACAAUUAUGCUUUAUACUCUGCAGUAAAUAUGAUAAAAGACGCUAAAAUUGCAUAUAGUGAUUUUGCUUUUAUAGAGUUGUAAGAAGCAGUCUUGUGUAAAAGAUUUUUUGAGCAAAAUGUUUGUUGAAAAAAAAAAAAAAGCAAACAAGAUUUUCUUGUUAAUUAAGUUUCAGUAUAUAUUUGUAUAAACUAUUAAAACCUGUAGAAAAUAUGUACUUUACCUAAGUGCAACUAUCUGUCUAUCUAUCCAUCUAUCUACUUAUCUAUCAAAUCUAGUAUCUGUACAUAUAUGUGUACACACAUACAUGUACACUAAAGCACAAGCACAAGCAUAUGCUCACACAUACACACACA